AUGGCGGGGACAUCGCUGGCGGGGUGGCUGCUUCUGGCCAUCUAUCUUCCAACGAUUCACGGCCUGCGGCUAGCCCAGAUGGGUACCAUGUCCCCGAACGGCGGCGACGACGGGGUGGACUUUCGGCCCGCCUACCACAUCACGCCGCCCUCUAAUUGGAUGAACGACCCUAACGGACUGAUGGAACGAGACGGCAUUUUCCACGUCUUCUUCCAGUUCAAUCCCUCGGCGCCCAUCUGGGGAGCGCCCCACUGGGGCCACGUCGCUUCAAGGGACCUGGCCCACUGGCAGCGCCUGCCCGUCGCCCUCUCCCCGGAAGAGACGUACGACAUCGACGGCGUCUUCAGCGGCAGCGCCACGGUGCUGCCCGACGGCGACCCCGUAAUAAUGUACACGGGCACCUCCCGACGCCAGGAGCUGGGCUUUUUCUGGCAGGUCCAGGCGCUGGCCAGGCCCGAGAACGGCAGCGACCCGCUGCUGCAGCGGUGGGUCAAGGACCCAAGGAACCCAGUGAUUGAAGACGCCCCUCCCCGCGGCACCAACUUCCAGUUUCGGGAUCCUCAGACGGCUUGGAGGCAGGAGGUUGGGGAGGAGCUGGGCAGCCUGUGGCUGACGACCAUAGGUUCACAGGUGUCCUGUGUGGGGGCCGCGCCUAUGUACGCGUCUCGCGACUUUGUGAAGUGGGAGUUCUUCGGGUAUCUGCACAGCCAGCCGGGCGUGGUGCCGUCAGAGAACGAGACGGAGUGCACCUUCGGGGAGACCCAGUUUGGGGCGGAGGGGCGCAACUGGGAGGUGGUGUGCUAUUUUCCGAAGAGGGUGGGCGAGGAGGUGAUCCACAUCUUCAAGUACAGCGACCAGAUAAGGGGUCGGACGCCCUUCGGACGGGACUGGUACGUCCUGAGUGACGUGCCCCUGGCCUUUACCAACAAAACCGUCCCCGGACAGGGCAACGCUCUGACGCCCAGCCUGCGCGGCGCGCCCUUCGCCCCCGCCAUCAUCGACCACGGCGACAUCUACGCCUCCAAGUUCUUCAACACGUCCUCGGGCCGCCUGCUAUGGAUGGGCUGGUCCUUCGAGACGUCGACGGGCUGCACGGGCACGUGCUCGGACGGCACGCCUCUAACCGACGCCAGGGGCUGGCAGGGCCUUCAGACCAUUCCCCGUGAGGUGCAAGUGGAUUUGGAGACCGGCCAGCUGCUCAUGACGCCGAUUGGUGAAGUGGAGGCCCUGCGCAGCGCCCAGCUUUUUGAGCAGGGGGGGAUGAAGCUGGUACCUGGGGCCCGACGGGCGCUGCCGCUGAAGUUCCCCAAGGGGGGGUCGGGUGGCAGGCAGAUGGACGUGUCGGCGACUUUCAAGCUGAGUGACGAGGCGAGCGCCGAGGUGUCAAGUACUGGGUUUAAAGUAGGGGUGGCGGUGACCCAUGGAAGGACAGGGGCGCUGACGUCCGUGUUUCUGAACGGCAGCCUGAGCGCGGGGGGAGGGGGGGUUGAGGAGCUCGAGAUGUGGGUGGACAGGAGCGCGACCGGCGGGGCCACCAGCGCGAAUUUGCAGGGGGGAAGGGUUACGCUGGGGGGGGUGGCUAAGGAGGUCACGCUGAGAUUGCUGGUGGACAGGUCGGUGGUGGAGGCGGUGGGGCAGGGGGGAAGGGUGCGGGCGACCAGCAGGGUGUACCCGGCGGGAAGGGGGGACUGGGGCCUGGAGCUGUUCAACGAGGGGGCGGCGGGGAGCGUGGUGGCGGGGGUGGAGGCGUGGGAGAUGGAGGGUGCGUUCGUGGACGACUUGUGGUGA